UUCUCUAAUUGAAUUCUGAUUCCAAUUCAAUGUACCAUUGUGUUUUUCUUGAAUUUCCUGUGAGUUUUCCAGGGUAAAAGUAGUUUUUCCGAAUUCAGAAAGUGAUAUUGCGCCAAUUAACGCUAGAAAAUAGAAAAAUAUAAACAAUCAUAAAUAAAUGGAGAAAUCAAGGAAAUCUUCAGGAUAUGUCGUAGGAAUAUCCACGGGAAUGUUCAAUACAUACAAGACUGUAUUUUAUUGGGAAAUAAACAAACUUUUCCCACUUUUCUAAACGCCAAGAAAAACGUGAAAAUUCACAGAAAAUUCGUGAAAAACUAUCAGGAAAAAUGUGUGAAAGUGAUCAGCAACCAAUCUAUCAUCUUUUCCAGCAAUUGUCAACAUUUUUUGACGAUCACCUCGAUGCAGAACAAUUGACAGAAGUUCUGGCGGCUGAGGAUGCGUCUUCGCAGUUGCAGGGAAUUCAGCUCCUACAGAAGGUCAAAGAUGACGCUUCCUGCUCUUCAAUACUCCUCGAAAUAACUUCAGAAAUGCGAAAUAUCCGAAAUUACGUACAUUUCAAUAAAUCCGAUGGCGAGAAGAGUGAUCGAGAGCUGUCUACGGUGUCCUGGGAUAAAGUUCUCCGGGAUAUUAAGAAGGAUUCCUACUUGACAUUCAUACAGUGCCUUGUUGGUGUUCUUGGAGUUGAUUUUCACGACAAAAUAUCACGGAAAUUGGGGUGUUUAGCUGGGGAUUGUUUUGUGCUGACUUUGGUAAUUCCCGGAGCAAAGAGAUGUGGUGUGUUUGAGGAGUCUCUGCUGCAGACAAUUGCAGAGUACCCCAAAUAUCUGGAGGAUGGAAACUUAUCGAAGCAGGAAGUGAAUGAAUUUAAGAUAUUCCUCCUCACAUUGUUGGAAGAUUUGCAAUUUCUCUUCAAGCACGUCUCUCUGGAGGAAUUUGAGGAUCUCCGGACGGCAAUAUGUGUCUCAAUGAAGAAUAUCAUUCUUUUCUUCUAUCAAAAUGGUUACAAAGCUGCCAUUGAUUGUAGUUUAACUCGGAAAGCUUAUGAAAUGCUAAAAGAUCUCUGUGCAGCUCUUCAUGGAGACACAACGAAGAAUCUCACAAAGAUCUUCUCUCUCACCACGGUGCUACACAAUCAUAGUGCAUCUGGGAUUCGAAAUACACAGGACAUGCCACACAGUGAUAGUAUUUCGGGAUUUUUCAUCUACCUUCUUGAUCAAUUCCCCACAAAUACAACGCAAGUCUUGACCACAUUCAUUGAAGCCACCCUGUCGAAUCCGGAGGAGAAUAUCCGGGCUGAGCAGUACAGUGCAACACUGGAGAUUGCUGUGAAGUACGAGAAGGCAAUCUUUGAGAAGUGCAACGUCUCAAUUGUUCCCUACUUGGAGCGUCUUGUCUGCAGUGAAGAUGCCACACAGCGUGCCAAUGGGACAGAUUUCCUUUCCCGGAUAGCCUUGAUUGAUUGUCAGGUGAAUUGGAGUAUAUUCCAGGAGGAAGUUUCCAAAAUUCCGCGUGAAGUAAAGAUCUUGCAGCUCUUGCUUACAAAGACAAUUGACGUGAAUAACAAUGUGAAGAUGAAGGCACUUUCCGGACUCACAAAGAUCUUUUCCGGGGGCAAUAGAAAUACCCAAAAAAUUCUUCGGGCCCUCCUUAAAAAUCCCCCGGAGCGGGAUGAAGAAAUUCCAGGAAUUGAGGAGGUCACGGAAGUAGCUGAGGAGUUUCCAAAUUAUCUCUUUCAUUUGCUGCAGAGCAGCUUGGCGCAUGUGAGGAAGAAUUCUCUGACAUUGCUGGAGAAUCUUCUUGCGUGGAAUGAGAAGCUCCUCGAAAGUGGAGGAUUCUUUGAAGAAUUAGCCAGAUUGGUGGAUGAUUCAUCUUCCCUUGUGCGUCGACAGAUCAUUUCCACUCUAAAUACUCUCAUGAAGACCUUCCCACAGAAGGAGGUGGUCAUCAAGGGUUGGACACGAUGCAUUUUACGCCUUAUGCGCGACAAUGAUGGAAAGAUUGUGGAUGCAGCCAUGGAGAGUCUCAAAAUGGUAAUCUUUGACAAUAUUGAACGCCAUGAAGAUUCUUCCACGACAGCUGCUCAGAUGCCGUGGAUUACGCUACGUACAAUGAUGCAGCAGGAACAGCGUAAAGUCCUCCGGAGUGCAAUGGAUUCGUGGAUUCGGAAUAGUAUUGUGACGCAGAAAACACUGGGUAUCAUUGAGAGUCACACAAACACGGAGAAUGCCACAGAAGCAUGGCUCCUACUCUCCUUGGUUGCGCCUAAGAUGCAUACUAAAGAUCCUGAUAGGGUAGUUCUGGCUUUUGUGGACACCCUGAACUCUUCAUCGGCAAAUCUUGUCAAUCAACACUUUAUGCUGGAAAUCAUUCACGCCUGGAUGCCCCAUUUUAGUCGUACCACACUCAAUAAUCUCUACAACCUCAUCCAGCGACAUCUCUCCGAAGGGAAUCUCCCAACAUCCCUCGUUAGCCCACUCUACAAUGUCUGCCUGAAGCAGAGACAAUCUGCCGAGAUGGAGCACGAUCGGGAGUGGAUAAUUACUCUCAAUGCCAUUGCGGAAGAUUUUGUGUGGACGCAUAGACUACAGCUGACCAGCAGUGAGUGGGAGAUCAAUCAAAAGAUGGUGAAUUUCCUCUACAUCUACUCGGAGACAAGUAUGGAUCUGACGCAGAAGCCACGUCAGAGAUUCCUUGACUUCUUCUACCAGCUUUUACGUGAAUGUCGUGUGACUCAAGCCUCCAAUCCGGAGAAAUGCUGCACCCUGGUCAUCUUUGUCAGCAGGCUGGCCAUUAGGGAUACGGAUAUUGCAGCUGAGGUACUUCCGGAACUUGGGAAGCUUCUCAAAACUACACAACAUAAGAGUGUGGCUUGCAACAUUAUCGUUGCGCUCACGAAUUUGUGCAAGAAGCACACAACUCUCACGGAGCCAAUUAUGCAGGAAGUUGUGUCCAAAUUGAAAGCAUCCGUCACGGUGAUUCGCUACAAAGCUCUAUCAGCUCUCACGACCCUCGUAAUGCAGGACUACAUCAAGAUGCGCGGGCGUCUGCUUAUGAACGUCCUGGCGGCUAUUGUGGAUCCCUGUAGAUCAAUUGCCAGAGCUGCUGCUGGGAUGGUGCUGAAGUAUGUAGAAGAGAAGAAUCGUCUGCUCCUCCAGACGAGCUUUCUGGAAGUGAUCUACGUCUACAAUGGCUACAUGUAUGAACGCUUUGAGGUCUUCAAUACAGCCGAAAUGGAUGAUGAAGUGUGUCCCCUUCAAGGGAAAUCAAAGCGUCAUCUGCGCUUCCUCCUGUAUCGAUUCUUCCUGCAAAACUUCACGGAUUUGCAAUUGCUAAUGUUCCUCAAUAAUGUGGCAACGGUUCAGGAGAAAAUCCACAAGGAGACACUAAUUAAAACGCCCGAAAGUGUGGAAGCUCUCGAGGAUUUAGUGGAAGUUUUUACGAGAGUUUGUGAAUUUAAAUCCUGGACAAUGCUAAAGAGUGCUGGUAAUUCCCGGGAUCCAGAUGAUUUACCUGAUGAGGAGGUAGAUUUGCCAAUUGUGCAGGAGAAGUCUGAAGAAGCGGGGAAUCCUGAGGAUAUUGGAAAUCUUAAGCAAGCUAUUCCGGUUCUGGAUAAAAUGGUAGCAAUUCUACCGAAGUUUGUUACCCGGAUGGAAGCUUUCGAUGGGAGGCUAAAGGACAAAGUAGACAUCUUCUGUGAGGCUGUUUGUGAUAAUUUCAAAUCCUUCGUUGAGUACGCCCAACCAGAGAAGUUCUGGAAGAAGUAUCGAGAUGUUAAGCGACAAAAGAAGCCCCAGGCAGCUGUGGAGAAAGUUUUGAAUUUCGAGGAGGAGGAUGAAGAAGACUUUGAUAUGUGA